AAGCUCACUGCCUGAAGCUCCUGGAGACCUCUUCCCAUGUGGUUCCUGAUGCUGUUCCUAGCCCUGUCCCUAGGAGGGAUUGAUGCUGCACCUCCUGUCCAGUCUCGGGUGGUUGGAGGAUUUAACUGUGAGAAGAAUUCCCAACCCUGGCAUGUGGCUGUGUACCGCUACAAUGAAUAUAUAUGUGGGGGUGUCCUGUUGGAUGCCAACUGGGUUCUCACAGCUGCCCACUGCUAUGACGAAAAGAACAAAGUUUGGCUGGGGAAAAACAACCUUUACCAGAAUGAACCCUCUGCUCAGCACCGAUUAGUCAGCAAAAGCUUCCUUCACCCUGGCUACAACAUGAGCCUCCAUAGGAACCACAUCCAACAUCCUCAGGAUGACUACAGCUAUGACCUGAUGCUGCUCCGCCUCAGCAAGCCUGCUGACAUCACAGAUGUUGUGAAGCCCAUUGCCCUGCCCACUGAGGAGCCCAAGCUGGGGAGCUCAUGCCUAGCCUCAGGCUGGGGAAGCAUUACACCCGUCAAGUUCCAAUAUGCAAAAGAUCUCCAGUGUGUGAACCUCAAGCUCCUGCCUAAUGAGGACUGUGAAAAAGCCCACAUACAGAAAGUCACAGAUGUCAUGCUGUGUGCAGGAGUGAAGGGUGGAGGCAAAGACACUUGCAAGGGUGACUCAGGAGGCCCACUGAUCUGUGAUGGUGUUCUCCAAGGUAUCACAUCAUGGGGCUAUAACCCAUGUGGUGAACCCAAAAAGCCAGGCGUCUACACCAAACUUAUUAGGUUCACCUCCUGGAUCAAAGACACUAUGGCAAAAAACCCCUGAGUGACACACUGUCUCCUGUUCUCAAUAAAAUCCACCAUGCAACAAA